GCAUCAUCUGCAGAAGCCGGUCCUUCGAACGUUACGGCAUCACCAUCUACUUCCACUGAUCAUACUGAGAACCUUGAAAUGAGCAACGACGACAUCGUGACCUACCUUACGUUCCCAAUACCCCUCUGCAUUACGCCAACUCAUGCCCUCGAACCCAUUAAUAUCGGUCAUAGAAUACGAUGGAGUAUUCUCAUCCUUAAUCUCGACGGUCACACGUCCGAGCUGCGUUGUUCUCUUCCUUUUCACCUUCUUGAUCAUCGGCUACUGAAGGAAGCUCGUUCGCAUAGGCGUCUUCUCCUUGGCGGUCCUAAAGUCGCACCAGAAGAUAUGGAGCUUCCGAGUUACACAGCGCACGUCCGGGAGGGACCAGGACCGCGCAGCGAACAUGUUCCUUCCUGAGAGCGCCACAAUGCGGGUCACCAACCCGUGGGUUACUUUACCAGUCUGAUGAACGGCGGGAUUGACAGACGAUGUCAUCG